AAAGGAAAUCAUUAAAGAGAAAAGAUUAAUCAUGGCAUCCAGUUGAACGUGGUUGGAGAAAAGUUGAACAUGGUUAGAAAAUCAACCCAGAUCAUGUCUAGAACCAAGACCCUAUCCAAAAUACACAUGCACUAAUAGACUGAUUACUUCACACAACACAAUACUGAUAUAUUUAAAAAAGAUGAAAUUGUUUUUCAGUUGAGUAUUCUAGAGAGUAACUCCACUCCUCUAUAAUUCUUAUCUUUAAUAUAACUGUAUGUGUUGAGUAUUUGGUGUUUUGAGACCGGAGAAGCUAUUGUGUGUAUGUAUUUUAGAUGCGGUUGACAUGGAGUGACAUGAGUAGAGUUUUUGAUUUUCCUUUUCUAACCAUGCUCAGCUUUUCUCUAACCAGGUUCAACUAGAACCCGGAUUAAUCACAAACACCGAAGGGCUCGUUCAGGCGAGUUGUCACGUAGUCAAAGCCUUAGAGGGUGAUGAGGUGGGCCAAUGUAAAUAGGUCGAGCCAACGAUAACUAGUGGACAUGCACGAUCUUCGUUCUAGCGGAAUGCCAGCGCUUGCUCAAGAAGAGCGGUCAGGAUUGGCUGACAGGCGCGUUGGUGGAUCUCCUAAUUUUGAAGAUUUGCUAAUUUACGGGCGGAAUUCUAAGAUGCCGAAGAUACUAGCAUUGCAGGAUCCUGCCAAAUCCAAUUCUGUGCAUUGGGCUUCCAAGAGGUGCUUGCCUCGUUUUCGAUUUUGUUGGCAGCUGAACCCGGAAUUACCAUGGUUGCACUGCCACCUGGUCGGCUAUUUUUUGAUAUACAGAGUAUCUUGUGACCAAACACGCAUCAGCUUUGCAGAAAAGAUCUCCAAGGUCGAGGAGCGUUAA